AUGGCAAACGAUCUAGAAGAUUUCGAGUCUCUGCUGGAACCGGAUUUUGAUGCUAAACAAUUUGGCAAUGAUUUACUGAAGGCUACUAAUAACAAUGACACAACAAUUUUAGACCUAAACACACCUCUCAAAAAACUGAAUUACGAUCUCCAUGAGAUUGAUUCUAGGAUAGAUCAGUUAAUAAACAAUAACCCCUUGGAGAUAAUAGAAUUAAUUUACAAGAAUGAACACGUUAAUUCCACUAUAGUUGAUGAGUUGAAACCAAGUUUAGAAUACUUGGACAUGUCAUAUGAUAGAUUAAAAGUCGAAGUUUUAGAUCCUUAUGAGAGAGCGAGGAAAGUUCAACUGGCACUAAGUAAAGUUUAUCAAACGUCCUUUCUUUUACGGGGAGCUUUGCUUUAUAUCCAUUUGUCACAGAAAAUAAACACAGCGUGCCAAACAGCCCAAUUGAAUUCAUCAACAGCUAUAAAUUUAGCCUCAUUACACUACCAACUCCAAGUAACCCUUAGAGAGAAUGAAAAUUUAAAAUCCUUGCAGAAAAUCAAACAACUAGAUCAAAACAUUGUUUCUCCUAAUAAAAGAGAGUUGAUAACAUUUUUAUCUCUACAAAUGUCUAAAGAGUGUUUGAAUUCUAUUAAAAUCAAGUCAAACCAAGAGGUAAUUUCUCAGUUAGCCUACUCUCUGUUUUUACUCUCAUCUCAAGAAUUUGAAUCUACCAUAAACAAAAUUAUUCUUUCAAACGUUACAACUAGCUCCCAAAUUUUAUCAAAAACUUUAAACUCUAUAAGGAUGUUUCCUGAAGCGUUCAAAGAAGUCGUUCAAAAAGGUUGUAGCAUCUAUAUCUUAGAAACGAUACUGCGAAAUCUCAAAACUGAUAACAUCACGAAAUCGACAAAACCCUUCCUUGCUAAUAAAUCACAUCAUAGUCAUCUUUUGUCAGAGUAUACUUCAAUGAGGAAUAUAAAAACAGGUUCUGGUACACCAAGAGACCUGUUUUGGAACAAAGUUUCAUCCGCUUUCAAAAAGGACUUUGAAAUAUCUGUUAAUAGAGGUGGUCCCGUGGGCAAGUCGCUGUUAAAGAAUAAAGAUUUUAUUAUUGAUACUAUUGAGCAAAACAUGAAAAAGUCCUUUGGUAGUAGCGAUUAUCAAAGUUACUUGGAUAUGAUGCUAAAUUCUGUGUGUAUUAAUUCAAAAUGA